CCAUGGAGUAGUCGGUUAGUUACCGGUCAGUUGCGUUUGGCACCGAACGCAACGGUGAGAUCCGAUCUGCCGGUGGUCGCCGGCGGCGAGAUGGACCUGCCGGCGAGCCGCAACAGCCGGUGGCGCGGCAGGCGGAGCGCGCGGUCGCAUGUGCCUCUCCUCGUGGCCGUCCUUCUGCUUCUCCUCCCAGCAACCCUCCUCCUAUCCUCCGCCUACUCCUCCCUGCUCCGCUCCCUCCUCCCCUUCUCCCCCUCCGGCGGCACCGGGCGGUGUGGGCGGUCGGCUGAGCUGGAAGGAGAGAGGUUCUUGUGGUACGCGCCGCACAGCGGGUUCAGCAACCAGGUGGGCGAGCUCCGGAACGCCGCGGUGGCGGCGGCGCUGCUCAACCGCACCCUAGUCGUGCCCCCCGUACUCGACCACCACGCCGUCGCCCUCGGGAGCUGCCCCAAGUUCAGGGUCUCCGAUCCGGUCGACCUCCGCGCCGCCGUCUGGGACCACGCCAUGCAGCUCCUCCGGGAGCGGAGGUAUGUUUCAAUGGGUGACAUAAUUGAUCUAUCUCCGGUGAAGGCUAUGGUUAGGAUGAUUGAUUUCAGGGUGUUUGUCUCGUCAUGGUGUGGUGCAGACAUGCGGAGUACUUGCUAUUCUGGGUUGUGUUGCGCUGUUUCUGGCGGUGGCUCAUUGCCAAGUGACUAUGGCAGAUGCCGAUCUUUGCUGUCCGGUUUAGCGGGCAGUGAGAGCAGUGGCUGUGUGUAUCCUGUUCAGGACGAUUGUAGAACAACAGUCUGGACCUAUCAAGAGAACAAUGAUGGAGCACUUGAUUUGUUUCAACCAGAUGAAGAAUUAAAAAGGAAGAAGAAGAUAUCAUAUGUUAGGAGACGCAGAGAUAUAUACAAGGCUUUAGGUCCUGGUUCUAAUGCUGAGGAGGCUACCCUGUUGGCAUUUGGGACACUUUUCUCAGGACCAUACAAGGGAUCAGAGUCUUAUUUUGAUAUCCAUGAAUCACCAAAGGAUCACAAAAUACAUAGUUUACUUGAGAAAAUUGAGUUCCUUCCUUUUGUCCCAGAGAUCAUGGCUGCAGGGAAGGAGUUUGCUGAGAGCAAGAUUAAGAAACCAUUUCUUUGUGCACAACUAAGAUUGUUAGAUGGACAAUUUAAGAAUCACUGGAGAUCUACAUUUUCUGCCCUUAAGGAGAAGCUGAAAGCUCUUGAGUUGGAAACGAAGAGAAAUAAAAAUAGUGGCCCUGUUCACAUUUUUCUCAUGACUGAUCUUCCACCAGCAAACUGGACAAAAACUUAUUUUGCAGAUAUUGCAAAAGAUGGGAGAUAUAAACUAUACACCCUGAAGGAAAGUGAUGUUCUGCAGUCUGCAGAAAAGCUUAUGGCUGCUGAACAUGGCAUGAGGUCUGGAUUCCUUCCAAAAACCUUAGAAAACACCAACAAGGAUUGUGAUCCAGUUCAACUACCAGAAAUUUUGUUAUAUGUCGAAGAAUCUGUUUGCAGCUGUGCAUCACUAGGGUUUGUGGGGACUGCUGGAUCAACCAUAGCAAGAAGCAUAGAAACAAUGAGGAAGAACAAUGUCUGCAAAUUGUAGGAGAACGACUUUGAGCAAGCUGCCAGAAAACCUAACCGAUGCAACUUAACGAAUUGAUAUCAGUGGAGGCUGUUGCACUACACACAGCUGAAUCAUUGCAGACAUGAGACCGAGAAGCUGGUUCCAUAGUCAGGUUCUACUAUCUCUACAGUGUUGAGCAUCCACUGCGGUAUAUUAUACUGCAAAAUCACCGUCUCUUCUUUCUUUGCAGCUGCGUAGAUAGAUAGGGUUCAUGUUUGUGAGCUGUGCUUAAAACUAUUUGCGUUUCAUCCCCAAUUUUGUUAUGUGGGGGUGAGGACAGUGAUGGCUUGUAGAGAAUUGUUAGAAGCAAAUAGAUUUCAUGGCAUCCCUUGUUUUCCCUCCAUCA